UCGAAGCGGCGAAGAAGUUCUGAAAUUGACUCAGAGUCAGAAAUUAUGCCUAAUUCUUGCGAAACGGGAGACUUGAUCAGUCUUCUUAUUCCACGCGAAGAAGACUCAAGAUAUAUAUUUUUGAAAAAUCAUGAUAAAGGACUGUGGCUUCCUUUUGCUUUUUUGCAAGAAGGAGAAACUUUCAAGACCGCUGCACAGAGAAUCGCUUACCAGGUAACUGGAUGCAAGGUUCACCUGCAGGGAGUCCUGAGGACCCACUUCCAGACAUCACCCGCCACAGAUGCCAAAGUGACCCAGGUCACAUUUCUAACCCAUCCGCUCAGUUCAUGUACUUCAAUCAGUAAUGGACAAGGGUUCAAGUGGUUGUCGGCUGAUGAAUUGGCCCAACUUGAAACAAAAGAACUGUUAGGACCUGAACCACUUCAGUUGGUUCAACAGGUUGAGAAAGGUGGUGCUAUUACACCAUUGUCAAUGAUCACUGAACACAAAAUUGAGUACAUCGACGACUGCAAUCAAUCCUCACCACAAGAGCAUCUGAUCAAAUCGGCCAAACUUGGAAAACUCGAGCAAGAAUGGAUUUUCCAGGAGUUCUGCGAAUAUUGCCAUCCAAGCACCUUCAUGAACGAAACCGUCUUUGAAAAAUAUAUCACAGACAAAGGAGCAAAGUCAGAGACUGUGCCGGACUUGUUUCGGGCCUUUGACAUCCACAAGAGGAAAUUACUGAAUUUCCGUGACAUUCUACUCGGCUUGGCUGCUAUGGAACCAUCAACCCAACACGGUGGUACUCCCGCAGAAAUGAGGUGUCGAUAUAUAUUUCGGUUUUAUGACAGUAAUGGUGACGGUCUUCUCCAGUUUGCUGAAUAUAAGGCUUUGGUGUCGGAUAUCCGUUUAGCCAAGAAUCUACCUGUAGAUGAUGAUAAGGUGGAGAAGGAAGCAUUAGAAACUGCUAAAGUGUUUGGUGAAGAUCUCAAAGACCAGCUUCCGAUGCCUGAUUUUCUGUUGGCAGUUGGCCAGCUGAAGUUCCGUGGAACGUCUGCGUUAUUACGAUUACAGCAGUCGUGUGUUUCUUCCUAUCGAGAGAAUAAAAAACAACGUCUUGCCAGCAUAGAUGAUGACAAAGGUCCCCUUAUGCCACCAGCCAAAAGAACUAAAACAGUAGAAGAAAAUGCAACCGGAAAUUUCUCGAGCAUGGAUGUUGAUGUGAAAUCGUGUUUCAAGGCUCCCCAAGAACGACGUCGAGAAAGUACACCAAUCGCCUGUAGAACGUAUGAACUUGCCACUCAUACUGUAAAAGUUCGUAGGACGGGUACGCUAUCAGAUGUUCAAGCCAUAUGGGACCUGACGGGCACAGCUGCUGUGAGUGGAAGUGCUGAGCGGCAUCUUGAGGGGAAUAAAUCAAGAUUUGAACGAAUGCCCUCAAUGGAUACAUUUAAUCAGAGAUCACAUGCAAACGAAAUGCUUACUGGACUGCGGUAUUUUGAGAGGGCAAUAAAGCCAGAUGGCGACCAAGAAGGCAAGCCUGCAUUUGACUGGGGACAGGUUGACAAGAAAGCUCUGGCUAAGUGCCUUCUAGCGUUGUGUCGACAAGCUAAGCAGAUUAUGAAGGAAGAGACACGACUUAUAAGGGUGAAGUCACCAACUUACAUACUAGGUGACAUCCACGGCAACUUCCACGAUCUCGUCUGCUUUGAGAAGGUCCUCUGGCGAAUGGGUCCCCAUCUCACACCUGCCAAUUUCUUAUUUCUUGGCGACUAUGUCGAUCGGGGCGAGAAUGGCGUUGAGGUUGUGGCCUAUCUAUUAGCACAGAAAUUAUUGGCGCCAACAAAGUUCUAUUUGUUGCGAGGCAACCAUGAAUUGAGAACUGUCCAAAAGAUGUUUACCUUCCAUUCAGAAUGCCUCGAGAAAUUUGGAGACACAAUUGGCGGUCAAAUAUGGAAUGCCAUCAACGAAUGUUUUGAUGUAAUGCCGCUGGCGGCAACCGUUGACGACAAGAUAUUCUGUGUGCAUGGUGGCAUACCUUCCCCAAACAACUGUCCAUUCAUUGAGAAUAUCAACCAAGUGCCUUGCCCUCUCGUCGAACCAGAUAUAGAAAGUCCACUAACAUGGGAAUUACUCUGGAGUGACCCACUCAGUGGGGAAGUAACAGAGCCAGACAAACUGGAAGAACUGAAGGAAAACAAAGGAUUCAUCCACAAUACACGGCGAGGGACAGCAUUCUUCUUCAGCUGUGAUGCUCUACAUUCUUUUCUGAAGCGCAACAAUCUCUCUCAUGUCAUCCGGGCUCAUGAAGUUCAACAGGUCGGAUUCAAGGUGCAACAAAAGGGUAAAUUACUGACGGUGUUCUCAUCGUCACACUACUGUGGUGGAUCAAAUGAAGCAGCAUGUGUCCUUGCGGAUAAUUUGAAAUUGAGGACAAUUCGACUGGAUACAACUUAGGAGAACAGUUCGGUAUUUCGCAUUGUUAUCUGUAUGUCUGGUCUUUCUACUCUCAUAUGGGACUGCCAACUUAGAACUGGGGUCGUUCAUAAUGUUUGCAUGCACCGUAGUGCUAUACAUGUACAUACAUCUAUACAUGUAAGCGUACAAUAUGAACGCAUGGGUUGAAGAAACUGAUUUCGAUCUGGGCGUUGUGACUCAAUCGGUGUUAGACAUAAUGCCAACGCUUAACUAAAGCAAUACGCAAACUAGACAUUUAAAUCACAGCAACCUGUAAUUAUAAUCGCUGCUAUAUGCAACAAAAAUAUCUCUUGUCUGCUGGUUAAACCGGUAAUCACUGGGUUUGAAAUACAGUAGAACCUCUCUAUUAUAAAGGACACUCUUGGGACUGGCAAAUGCUGUCCUUAAUAGAGAAGUGUCCAGAUUAGAGAGGUCAAAUUGAAUGGAAAGUACCAAUUUGGGACCAAACCUAGUGUCCUUAAUAGAGAGGUUGUCCUCAAUAGAGCCUGAUAUUGGCUGGCAGCUUGUUCCAAAGAAAGGGACCACUCGCCGAAAUUCUUCUGUCCCCAAACAAGGCCUUUGUGCACUUUGGUUGAAGCUUGAAGCUAGAAACAGACACUGUGAGUGUGAUCACCAAUUUUUGUUGCCGGCCCCUGAGAUGGCCAACGCGAACGAGCAAUAUUCAUCACAUGCGAUCAUGAUCGCAGAUCGCAGCAUGUACGAUGCGCUUAAACAUUAUCUGCUUCAGUAGAUGUCCGGAUAUCAACAUCAACGAUUUUGACUUAUCAACAUACAACAUCAUCUGCUGUUAGUUCCAAAAUAUACUGGUAGAUGGAAUCGUCAUUUAGUUACUAUAUUUCUUGUAUUAUACAGAGGGCACGGGCGCGUGUGUAAUUGCUCCCUUUAAUCGACUAAAUACGCACGCGAUGGGUAUAAUUGACCGAUACCCCCCUGCCCCACCACCUGGUACGGUUAAGGUAAGGGUUAGGGUUAGGGUUAGCAUUAUAUCACUAUAUAUAUAAGGACCUGUGUAUAUUAUGCAAAAUUUUUCGAUUGUUGGCAUCUGCCCAGGUGGCUACAUGGGUAGAGCGGUAUGCCUGUCCUGCUGAAUGUUGCUGGAUCGAAUCCCACUCACGGCUCUGGCCUUUUUCUAGUUCUUCUCCCUACCUUGUAACUUUUUUGGUGAAAAUUACAAGUUAAAACGUAACUGACGAUGUUGUAUGGUAAAAAGUCAUUUCCAAUAUCAACGUAACUGUUUCUGCCAAUUGAGCCAUCCGGCCCAGAACCACAUGUAUCUGCGCAGCUCACAUCUCUCUUCAUUCAGUUCUUUCCAUGUUUUUCCUUAAGGGAACAAAUUGGUUGUUUUGCUUGUACUGUGCAAUUUUCUUUGAAGAAUGAAAACUUUACGGUCGAAUGACGAACGAGAUGCAGUGACUUUAUUGCAUGUGUGUCAUGAUUUACUGGGCGUAAGCCCUAUCCUUACUGAAUCAUGUGUCAGACUACUUACACAAUGUUACAUUUAAAUACAGUAGAACCUCUCUAUUAUGGACACCCUCGGGACUGACAAGUGCUGUCCUUAAUAGAGAGGUGUCCUGAUUAGAGAGGUCAAAUCGCGUGGAAACAACCAAUUUGGGACCAAAACUAGUGUCCUUAAUCGAGAUGUUGUUCUUAAUAAAGAGGUGUCCGCUAACAGAGGUUCCACUGUACUUCCAAUUUCCAGGAAACUUAAAUUCAUUCCAAAAUUAUUUAAAGUGAAGUUUUAUGUAUGAGAAAGACUGUCAUAUUAAAAUUAUUUUGAUAGUAUUGUGAAAAUAUCAUUUUUGGUGUGUGUAAUUCAACUUGAUCUGAAUAUUUUUGGUACCGGCUGUCCUGAUGUGGUGCCCAUCAAGUGGGCAAAAAUUCACAAAACGCACAGUAUUUAUACGAGGUGUGAUGAACUUGUUGUAAUUUCUUUCUGAUCAGAGAUUAUUUGUCUGAUUACUGGUUUUCCAAUGGCCAAUAGAACAAAACUAUGUCAAGAUCAAAAUCAUGUUUUCUUGUACAUAGAGUUAGAGCAUUUGUUUCCGGAGCACGGAAAAAGUGAUAAAAGUUUAGUUUGGUGACUUGCACGAACUUUUAAAUACACUUUUUCAGUGCGACCAUUGUCCUAAUGGAUAUACAUGUAUAAUGUCUUUUGUUGAAACUUUUAUCUCAAGUCAUUUGAUUUAUUACAGAAAACAUUCUUCGAAAUGUUAUGUGAAUUAAGUAAUGUGUUUGCUGUUGAUAAGUGAGUUUAUAUGUGAUCUAUCCAUUUUCUUCCAAAUAAUUCUCUCAUUAGGAAGAAAUCAGACAUUUUAUGUUGAAAUAUUUUUACAAACAUGUACUUGUAAUUCUGUAUUGUUUUUUUGUGCAUAAUGAUAAUGUGGGUACCAUAGUUAGCAGUGUGCGUAGUUAGUAGCAGGUACAAUAAAGUAGCAGGACUUACAUAUAUGUAGGAACAAUACAAGUAUCUUUUAGUAGCUUUUUGAACCAUACUUUUCAGAGGGGCUUAAGGCAGGAGCAAAUGGAUCCCAUUGAUGGUCUUUGGAUGUCCAAUAGGCGCAGUAAUGGAACUCAAUUUGACUAUUGAUAAUGUAAUGGGUUCUGUAUACUAUUAAAUCUGCUGUACAUUUUGUAUAUAAUGACUGUCCAGCUCAUAUACUGUAUAUUGAUACAUGUAGUAACACCUACAUGUACAUCAUGCAAUAUCUCUAAAACUAGUAAACCGUUUUCAAUGCAAUUUUUCGCCAUAGAGUCAGAAUUUGUUUUGUUCACCUUAUGAGAAUGACAACAAUGGUGUGCAGUUGUGGCUGCAUUAUAAAAUCAGCAAUUAAAAAAAGGUUUGAAACUUUUUUGAUUUAAGAAAAAAAACAGGAAUAAGAGCAAGAUAUAUUAAGAGAGUCUGUCUUGUUUUUAUGCUGAUGUCAUAUCCUUGUUCUGAAAUACAACACCUCCUACCUUAUUAUCUGGGCCAAUUAUAAAAGUGGGACAUGAGAUCAUUGUGCUAUUGUCUUGGCCGGAAGGUUCAUUAAAGGCCAUAUAUCAAGGUUUUUUGCCAUUUUCUGCUGUAAGACGAUUUCAAAAGUGUACCUAACACUUUAUACAAUACAGAAAACCAAAUGCAAUUAGCUCCAUCCAUUUUGAAGAUAUAGCCAAUUAUGUGUUUGACAACUUGAUUACCUAAUCAGGCUAGCAACUGGCUUGUUAGAGCCAGGCGGCGGGUUAAGCAAAAGUCGUGAUGUAGAUCAGGUUAUCUGUACAUGUCAUGCAAUCAUAAAAGCAGGAGGGCCUUAAUUAAUUAUGCACACCUGGAAGUAAUGUGUUUCAUUCACUAUGGUGUAUUGUGUGGCUCCGAAUUGUGUCAAGGAUAGCACAAAGAACAAUCGAAUGACGGAUGGGACCCAUUUUCAUGAAUUUCCAAAGCCAGUUGAACGAGAGAGGAGGAAGCUGUGGAUUCGGAAGUGCAAACGUUUGGAGUGUUGGAAGCCUGGGCCUUCGGCCAAACUUUGCAGUGAUCACUUUAUCGAUACGGAUUAUCACAUGAAGCCGGAUAUCUGCAUCCAACUGAAUAUUAAAUGCCACUUGUUAAAAACAGCUGUUCCAACCAUGUCAAUUGCAUUUAAUGCCCGAGGCUGCUGAGGUCGGUUGUUAUACAUAAUGUGUAGGCCCUAUUGGGGCCUGUGAUACCACAUAGUGUCUUCUUGUGUUCCAGCCAUAGCAAGGUGACAGCGACACAGGUCAGUGUCAGUGACAGCCACUGUCAAUGACAGAUUAUUGUCAUCUGACAUCUAGGCCUAUCUAACGUUGCACGGCAUUAUAUCGUCACGUCAAGAUGAUUGUGCAUAAUACCGUCACUUUUCAAUAGUAGUUCAGCGUCAUGACAUAACUGGCGAUACAACACAGACGAGGCCAAAACAAUAUUGUGCAACAUUAGUCUGUUCAAAAAUCAUACAUGUUAUGCAUCUGCAACCGUCUAUCAAUGUCUUCUUUGCUAUAUCGGCAGAUCUGCCAUGCAAAUUGAUUAACCACAAAUUCUAAUCACUUUCGUCCGAAUGAUCACUCUCAUUAUGAUCUCGUGAUAUUAAUGGCUCGAACAUGUACGGCUCAACGUUUAAAUAUCCUUCUGUAUCGACCAAAACAUCCUCAAAUUCACUGCUCUCACUCUCUGAACUGUAUGCGGAAGCCAUCUUGCUUUGUUCUGACUGACCUGAUCUACGUCAUCAAAAAAUCCCUAGCGGCCACAUGUGGAACUAAUCUAAAGUUGUGUGUGGUGGGAAAUUCAAAUAGUAUAAAAUUGAAAAUUGAAAUAACUAAAUAAUGACUUUAUUAUUAGAAUUUUUUUAAUGUCUGGGAUCUUGUUUUUUUAACCCUCAACAUAUUUCAUGAGUAUCAAGCAUGUUUUCAAACCUUGAUAUAUGGCCUUUAAAGCAUAGGUUUUGGCUCACCGUAGGGGAGUCUAUACAACACCACUGUGUCUAUCGUCUGUAUCGUUUCAAAAAUAGUGGCACGUUUCUUAACCACUGGAGCUAUGAACUUGAAACUUUGUACACAGGAACCCCCUCCCCCAGGUCAGCAAGGAUACAUCACAUAUCCUACGGGGUUUUUUUUUGACCCAAUUUUCAAGGUCACAGAGAUCAAGUGGUGUAAUACGCCAUUUGAGUGUAACUAUGGCACGUUUCUUAACCGCUAGAGCUAUGAACUUGAAAUUUGGUACACAAGACUCCCUACGUCAGUGGCACGUUUCUUAACCCCUGGGCCUAUGAACUUGAAACUUUGUACACAGGACCCCUAAAGGUUAGGUGACCUCCGACACUUAACUUUCAGUCCGAUCUCAUUCUCGACGUGACCAACAGGGGGCCAUAAAUGAAAACUUUAAAAGUGUGAUAACUCUCUUAUAAGUGAGUCUUUUUUUCAAUAAAAUUCUCCCAGCAAGGAUACAUAACAUAUUAUACCAGUUUUUUAUUUGACCUACUUUUCAAGGUCACAGAGGUCAAAUUGCAUAAAUUGGCCAUUUGAGUGUAACUAUGGCAAGUUUCUUAAUGACAUUGGUCUCACAUUUGGUACACAUGUACGGUACCCUGUUCAGGUGAUCUCGGGCUGAAGUUUGGUCGAUCAGAUUCACUGCUUGGCCAGCAGGGGGCCAAAUCUGAAAACCUUAAAAAUGCGAUAACUGCUUUACUACUUGCCCGAAGAUAACCUCCAUCACAAAGUUUCGGUCAAAUAACUGCGGUGACCAUUGAUCUCACAUUUGGUACACGUGUACCGUACCCUUUAGUCAGGUGAUCUCAGAGGCCGGGGUUUGGUUCAAUCUGAUUGAUUGCUUGGCCAGCAGGGGGCCAAAUCUGAAAACCUCAGAAAUGCGUUUGCUUUACUACCACUGUUAUACUGCUUGCCCGAUUGCCACCAAUCUGAUAUCAUGGGUACAUCUAACCACCAUAUGCAGUAAUAUAUGUCACAUGGGUUUUUGAUUUGACCCACUUUUCAAUGUCACGGAAUAAGUGGCAUAAAAUUUAUAUUUGGCUAUAUACUAUAACAUGUUUCUUAACCAGCAUGAAUUCUUAACCACAAAAUAUCUAUACGGUGAGCGCAAUGGCCUCUUCUCUUUUCAUUAGUGAGAGUCUUUUAUUACCAUCCCACGCACAAAUUUAGACAAACUAUAUGUGGAACAAUUCAUCAGAAGAUUAGAAAUCCACGACUCGUGAUAAUGAUGAUGAUGAUUACAAAAGAAGCAUGAUGUUAACAGCGAAUUGAAUAUCCAAGCCCAAAAUGCUCAUACUAACCUGGACAAACUCUUAUUAUUUGUGACCCGUCACAGCAAAACCAGGCGCUUGUCACACAAAAGAUGAGCCUGAAUGACACCAGAAGAUAAUGCAGGAAAUUGAUGUGCUCGUAUUUCACAAAAGGCAGACGAGAAGUUAACAAACAGUUCGUCUCAACCUGCCAAGCUCAAAGCGACAUGCAUCUGGUUUUGCUGUGACGGGUCACAUUUGUGAGGGCAAAGCCCUAUAUUCGGCUGAAUCAUAUCAAGUGGCACAAUUGGACUUGAAUCAGUGUCAUGAUUUAAAUAAAAAAUACCUUAUAUGCAACCCGAUUUCCAAAAUGCUGUUUCAUUCUCCAAGGCAGAGGUUACAAUGAAUUCUGUGGGGGUUAACCUCUUCAUCGCACUUUGAAAUCCUACUUCUUUACUGUGCUGUGGACAUACUGAAAACCUCUUGCCACCCGGGAAAAAAAUACGAGUGGGCACUUCCCUGCUUGUGAAGACGUUUAAAAGUGACUGAUUUGUUGCUUUUGAAUUGUGAUUGUGUAAGUAAAUGUAAUUGUGAGACGCGUGUAGCGUAAGUAGGUUUGCUUGUCUUGUGUAUUUUUUAUGUUGAAUAUAGAAAAAGAAUAGCAUCUGUAUAUAAUACAGUUUUUACCAAUUAUGAUGAAAAUUAUUUAUAUAUUUUGUUGCAAAUACAUGUCAAUCUC